AUGUCCUUCCACACGGCCGUUGACGAACAGCAACGGCCCUCAAACAACACCCCGCUCCCCAGCCGCUGUGCGUCGCCUGACGCAGGUGGUUACAUCACCGGUCACGCGCACCGCGGCACCCAACGCCAGGCGUCGUCGUCGUCCCUGAGUAAUGAAGGCGCAACAGACACGACAGCUGCGAGCAGCGCUGUCGAUGGCGCACGUCAGCCUGCUCCUGCAACAGCCGCAGCCGCUGUUGGGGCACCCUCGCAGCGACGCGCCUUCUCAGCGCUUAGAUGUCCUGUGCAUCACCGGUGUCACUCGCCCACCUCGUCGCGGCACGACUUGGACAGCGUCGUCGAGGAGUUUCUGAAGAAGGCGACGAACGACGCAGAUGUGCCCCCGGGCCUCCUACGAUUUCUGCAAGUACGGCGGAACCACCAGCGGCAACGGCAGCAGGCCCAGCUGCGCCCACUGGCGCACUCACCGUUGGGGCCGACCCUCUCCGUGAACUCCGUACGAAAUGGCGCCCAGAGAGCGCCACCUCCGCAGUCGUGGGCAGUGCCCUCGCACGGGCCCGACUCCGCCACGUCCCGCAAGGCGGCAACGGCCCCGAUGGCAGCGAACAGUAACGACGACAACGUCCUCUUCCAUGACUACAGCAGCGGCACCGUUGGCAGACAGCUCUGCUGGCUAUCCGAGGCCGUCGCCCCGGGGAGCCCGAGCGGCUUAGCAGAGGAAGACGAGGAAAAGGACACGACUCUCAGCGCCACCGGUGGUGGCGGCAACAGCGCGCAUGCGCGGCCAAGGCCAACGACGGCGACGGCGACCACAGUAAAGCAGCUGGAGGCGCACAUGUUUCACCAGCGUCGCUACAGUACCGUCACAGACGUCUGUGAGGGCGUCCGCGGAGGGGACAGCUUCGGCGACGGCGCCACUGCCUGCUUCGACUCAGCCGCUUCUCUUAUAAGGCUGCAACGCGCGUACCAACCGCUGUCUAGCACCGCUACCGUUAGCAGCUCCCACUCGCCGGCUCCCUUUGGCUUUCUCGGCAGCCAGCCGUGUCCACAGCCGGAGGGCGUGCCGCGCGCGCUGCAGGAGUCCGGUAGCCCCCCGCUCCGACGCACAAGCAGCGGCACUGGUAGAGCGCACGCUGUUCCCAUUCACAAGGUGGCUGGGGUGCUGCCGCACCCUGAGCAGCCGCGGGAGCCGCAUCAGCCUCCGCACAACGCACAAAAUCGUAGCGCCGAUAGCCCCGGUGCCGCCGAGGCUGCGGUUGCGGUAGUGAAUUGCGGCGGUGGCGACACGGAAGACACGUAUCAGUCAACAUCGUCCGCCUCCCUCAUCCCUUCUCCUCUCUCGCUGAUGCCGUCAGCUCAGCGUGGCAUCACCACCUCAGCGAGCGCGCGCUUCACCGCCUCCAGCGCGCGGCAACUGCCACACGUGGUGAAUGACGCGGAUUGGAGGAGCCGCUCCGGCGUGCCACCAGCGCCGCUGCUUCAGCUCUCAUUGGCCGCGCCUCGCGCGUCCUCGCGGCUGUCGGUGUCGGCGCGCUUCUUCGGCGGUGCCACGACGGCGAACACCACGAUCCUCGGCAACGCCAGCAUCACCGACGUCCCCCACGCGAACUUGCCAUCUUCUGUGGCUGCUACGUGCGGCAUGUUGGCGCCGACCACAGCCAGUGCAGACUGGGGGUCGUUCGGCAGCCUUGGGAUGUCGAGCGUGCAGCUGUACCAACACCAGCCGCGCUUCCGCCUAGUUCAAACCGGAGGCGCGAGCAAUCAUAGCAGCAGUGCCACCAAGUCGACGGGGGCUGAGGCGGCGACGGCAGCGGCGGCUGUCAGCCUCUUUGACGUCACCGCUGGGAGUGUAUCGGGUCGAAUGUCUUCGUAUGGGGAGAUGGAGCCGUCGCUGACUGCCGGCGUGACGUGGAUCGGUCAGCUCUUCUCGUACGCCGCGUCGGUCACCUCGCUCACCACAGGCACGUUCACCAGCACCACCAACUACUGCUGCAGUGGCGCGAGUAACUCGAUGACGGUUUGA